CGCCCGCCUUUAUCGGCGGACGCGUCGUCAUGGCGACGUCGAUUUGUUAUUUGUUCGCGUCGGAUUCCCCGAUCCCGGACAGAGUUGUGGCGAGAGCUGUCUUUCGCGGAUCGCGAUGGACGGUUGUUUCGGGCCACGGGAUUUAGAGGCGCUUCGAAAUUUGAUCUGUCCGCCGGAGGAUGAUCCCGACGUCGAGGACGAUUUACCGCAGGCGGGCGCGAGGAACUUGGGACCAGCCAGUAUCGGCGCACCCUCGACCGAGGUUUCUCAGGUUCAUCCGGGACCUCAUGCGCCGCUCCGAGGUGCGGAUGACGAUAUCUGGCACCCCUCGGAGGCGAUCGACACCCAGAGCUCGCAGGAUUACGAUCUCCGUACUGUACCAGAGUACGAGAUGAAGUUCAAGCAAGCGGUGACUGCGGAAGAUAUUUACCUGGGGAUGGGCUUUAAAACGCCGGGCACGGCGUCCUGCGAGUGGCUGUCGGUGCUGGUGAAAUUGCCGCGGGAAACGCGGGAAAAAGUGGAGCUCUCCGUGGAAUCUGAGGCGAUCGACGUGCGCAGCUCAAGAUAUCGACUGCACCUACCGACGCCUCAUCCGGUGGAUCCCAACGCGUCCUCCGCCAAGUGGCACAGCGACACCUCUACCUUGGAGAUCAACCUGCGACUCGUGCGCGAGUUGGAUAACGUAAACUUCUGACUCACUAGCAAGGCCGGUCAUCAUCGACCGUCGCACCGUCGCUGUAUAUCACACGUCGAAAACCCGCACGAAGUCCCGCGAGAAUGCGCCAACGGACGGCAGCGCGAUAUGAAAGGCUCUGUAUCCGACACGACGAGAUACAAGCUGGAGGAUCCUAUAUAGGGUGCUACACGGACAGGACGAGGCUCCUAGAUCAGCCCUAGCGUCGCGAGGUGCACAAGGAAGAAGCCAUCCGUUAAAGUUUAUAUUCCACACUCGACGCUUCCGACGGCACCGGAACUGCGGUGUUCUUGACGAUAUACGUACGGUCGCCAUAAGUCACGUACCGUAGGAGCGCCCAAGUAUUUUCCACCCCGCGUAUUUCAGAAUUCUCUCUCGUCUCCCCCUUUCUCCUGCCUCUUUCUUCUUCUUCCUUUUUCUCCUCUCCUUUCAGCGUGGCGCGCGGAUAAAGCGAUCGAGUGGGAGACUUUAAUACGAAUAUUCGUAUUUUUCCGCCGCGGGAAUUACGCUGCCAUAAUCCCGCAGUCAUAAUUUCAAGCACGGUAAUGCCGCAAGCUCGAUUCAAUACGACAGAAAAAAAGUCUACGGAUUCAUGCGCGCGUGUAGGCGCGCAUGUAACGUACAUAAUGUAACGAGGAGAGAGACGUAUUAGCGAUAAUUAAAUGUUCCUCCGAUACUACUAUCGCCCUUUAGAGAUAAUUAAAAUUACGCCAUAGACACGUCGCAGGACAAUAACUCGUAGUACGCGGCUCGCGCAAAACGCGAUAAGUCGCGUGAUGCGCGCACGCGCGCGCGUUAAUACCGUAGAACCUCCCCUCCCCCUCCGCCCGAGAUUUGAUUUGCACCUGUCGAUACGCGUUUGUUCGCAUCGAGAGGCAGCCUUAUGUUCCUUUGCCGGCCGAUCCCGAACGGAAGGGUCAGACGCGGAGACCCGUCCUCUCGUUUGAUCGUGCCCCGAUUAUAUCUGCUUGCAUUUGUCGAAAGCCACAGGAUGGGAUCAAGAGAAAGAGAGAGAGGGAGAGAGAAAGGGCAUAAAGAAACGAUUUAAUUAAAAUCGUUCUUUUACCGUGGCGGUGAGAACGGAAGA